AUGUGGGUCUUUGGCAAUGGAGUUGAAGUCCUUAUACUUGUUGCGAGAGUAUGUGUGGCCGCGGAAUUAGGACUAGCUGCUGCCGUAGUAACCUUUGUCGUCUUUGGCAAUCGAGUUGAAGUCCUUAUACUUGUUGCGAGAGUAUGUUUGGCCGCGGAAUUAGGACUAGCUGCUGCCGUAGUAAUCUUUGUCGUCUUUGGCAAUCGAGUUGAAGUCCUUGUACUUGUUGCGAGAGUAUGUGUGGCCGCGGAAUUAGGACUAGCUGCUGCCGUAGUAACCUUUGUCGUCUUUGGCAAUCGAGUUGAAGUCCUUGUACUUGUUGCGAGAGUAUGUUUGGCCGCGGAAUUAGGACUAGCUGCUGCCGUAGUAAUCUUUGUCGUCUUUGGCAAUCGAGUUGAAGUCCUUGUACUUGUUGCGAGAGUAUGUUUGGCCGCGGAAUUAGGACUAGCUGCUGCCGUAGUAAUCUUUGUCGUCUUUGGCAAUCGAGUUGAAGUCCUUGUACUUGUUGCGAGAGUAUGUGUGGCCGCGGAAUUAGGACUAGCUGCUGCCGUAGUAACCUUUGUCGUCUUUGGCAAUCGAGUUGAAGUCCUUGUACUUGUUGCGAGAGUAUGUUUGGCCGCGGAAUUAGGACUAGCUGCUGCCGUAGUAAUCUUUGUCGUCUUUGGCAAUCGAGUUGAAGUCCUUGUACUUGUUGCGAGAGUAUGUUUGGCCGCGGAAUUAGGACUAGCUGCUGCCGUAGUAACCUGUGUCGUCUUUGAGGAGGAACUAGCCACCUUUGGGGAAGAACUGGCCAUCGAAGUAUUGAGAGUUUUCGAUGGAGAUUCCGUGGCUGUGGAGAGAGUGUUUGCUGCAACCGACGAAGUCGUGGUACUCAAGUAUUGA